AUUGGCAAAGUGGUGACAACAGAAUGUUUAUUCUGUUCAGAAACAGUUCAAGUUUCAACAUAUAGAAAUCACAAAACUGAUUUUACAAAAUUGAUGUGUCCUGGUCAGACUCAAGAGCGAGGUGAAACAAACAGUCCAAUUAUGACAGAGGAAUCUGUACCAGGAGAUGGAAUGUGCAAAA